GAAUGAUCUUCCCACAAGAACAUUUCCUGGCAAUCUUGACUAUCCUGCAGAGCUUCUUGCCCGUGGCAGGCAAGCGCCACCUUCACACUUCCCAUCAAAAGAUCUAGCACAAGGCUCCAUGCUGCAGCGCGCGCUCGCCAGUCCAUUCUUCACAGCGUUUCAACGUCGUAGUUCCGGUAUGGUCUUCCUCAGCACGUCUCGACGGAUUCCCCACAAGUUCUUGUCCACGGACCAACUGUCUCCCGAACAAUUCCAGCACCUCCUGGACACUGCCAUCGACUACAAGAAGCGAAAUGUGGAAGAGACUAUCCUGAAAAGCGAAACCCUGCUCAUGAUCUUCCAAAAGCGCUCCACCCGCACGCGAUUGAGCUCGGAAAUCGGCAUGCAACGGUUGGGCGGCCGCGCGAUAUUCUUGUCGUCCGAUGACAUUCAACUUGGUGUGAACGAAUCCCUUAAGGAUUCGGCCCGUGUGAUGAGCCGUUUUGGUACUGUCCUGCUCGCUCGCGUUUAUGGCCACGACGACGUCAAACAACUGGCCGCGGAAAGCUCGAUCCCAGUGAUCAACGCCCUUUCCGACAAGUUCCACCCGCUCCAAGCCCUGGCAGACUAUAUGACGAUUCAGGAACACUUUGGAUCGGCGAAGGGACUGACCGUCUCGUGGGUUGGUGAUGGCAACAACGUCCUCCAUGACUACAUGUUGGCUGCUCCGCUUGUCGGGGCAAACAUUCAAAUCGCGACACCUCAAGGGUACGAACCCGAUGCGGACGUGGUCAAGAAGACGGUGCAGCUCGCCAAGGCGGCGGGCACGACGGUGACGCUGACAAAUGACCCGCUAGAAGCAGUUCAAGGCGCACAUGUCGUUGCGACGGAUACGUGGAUUAGCAUGGGUCAAGAAGAAGAGGCAAAGAACCGAAUUGCGGCCUUUGCGGGGUAUCAAGUGACGAAAGCCAUGCUGAAGCAUGCGUCGUCCAACCACAUCUUUCUGCAUUGCCUGCCUCGACAUCCAGAGGAAGUCGACGAUGAGGUAUAUUUGCAUGAUGCAUCUUUGCGACGGGUGCUCAAGGAAGGAUAUGUCCCCAGGUGUUUUACUCGGAUCGAUCCCUCGUCUUCGACGAAGCAGAGAACCGCAUGUGGACAAUCAUGGCUGUCCUCGCCAACAUCGUCAAGUAGUCCAGUUGAUCGCGUGUGGUUAGAGAGGCAUCACCCUGGAAUCACUCAUGGCUUCCGCCACCUCAUGUCCGUCGACUGCGUCGACGAUGCGCACGACGCGUUCGGAAAACAUCGCUGGAGUGAGUUAUAUUGAACCACGGUAUAAUAUAAUUCACUAUUUUUACACAAUUGUACUACUAGUAGUAAUUUAUUGUUAUAAUGUCUAGUAGGGGUGCG